CAAAGAGUUCUCUCACACACGAGAGUAUGAAUAUAAUGAUUAAUAAUCCCUUUGUUAUUUCCCCCCGUUUCCAAUUUUCACAUUGUGACUGCCAACCCUAAUUUUUUCCGAGAAUCCACAUUCUUCGAUCCCAAUCCUUUUUACGAUCAACAUGUCUCAGGUGGAUCACAAAAAUCCUUCCAACGCGAAGCGUGCUAGAACAGAUGGUGGUCGUAGGGAAGAUGACUGGACUUGCCCUGGUUGUGGCAAUGUCAAUUUUUCUUUUAGAACAACCUGCAACAUGCGCAAUUGUACACAGCCCAGACCUGCUGAUCACAAUGCGAAACCUGCAUUGAGGCCAAUGCAACCACAAUUGCCUUAUGCUUCUAAUUCUCCAUAUGGUGGAUCAGGACCACCACCUUCUUCAAUGUACGUGGGAGUGCCACCUUAUGGUUCUUCUGUUUUUAAUGGAUCAUCAAUUCCUCCUUAUGAUCCCUAUCCUGGGGGGUCACCAUACCAAUAUAAUUAUGGAAACCGAGGCAGCCCCUACCGACCAAUGCCAAUAUCUGGUCCACCACCUUAUUCUGGCGGAUCAAUGAUCGGAAAUGGUGGAAUGUAUGGUGUGCCUCCACCAAUGAUGGACCGUUAUGGCAUGGCCAUGCAACCUAUAGCUCCCCCUCCAAUGGGCCCAAGGCCAGGAUUUUUUCCAGAUGACAAGUCCCAGAAAAAAGAUUUGAAGCAUGAGAAUGAUUGGGCAUGCCCUAAAUGUGGAAAUAUGAAUUUCUCUUUUAGAACAGUUUGCAAUAUGAGGAAGUGCGGCACCCCAAAGCCUGGUGCCCAGGUUCCGAAACAGGAGAAAAAUUCAAAGCAAAAGACGCCCGAUGGAAGCUGGAAGUGUGAAGAAUGUGGCAAUAUUAACUAUCCUUUUAGGACUAAGUGCAAUAGGCAGAACUGUGGUGCUGAUAAGCCAUCUGAAGAAACGAAAUCUCCAUCAACAGCUGUAGAUGGAAAUGAGCAGGUCUGUGGUGUGGCAUACUAUUGUGUGUCAUACUGGUUUAUUAUCUCGUCACAUGUGCUUUAUAUAUUUUUGACUUCUAUCAUCUUCCUACGCAUGAUAACCUUCACCUUUGAUAAUGGUUUUUGGUUUCAAAAGGUGCCCGUUGUGGGAUUUUCACUAAAUUUCCUAAAGUUUGUCUCUAUUUCGUUUCUUUGGUAUUUUUUUUAGCAAACAUUUAUUGAUUUGCAAUUAUCUACUGUUCCAGUGAGUUCUAGGACAUGUCUGGUUGUUGGGAAGGUCCAGAGUUGUCUUCCAGCAUGCUCAAUAUCGAUGUUUGAAAGUCAGUCAUGUCGUCUUCAUAUUGCAGAGAGAUCUCUACCUUCUCCUGAUCUGUGUUGAGUUAUUGUAUUAUCUGCUGUGAUGUCUUUUGUGGAUCCCUUCUAUAAUGUCCAGCCAAGUCUGGCGAAAUUUCACCUGUGGCUUUGUUCCCUAAAUUAGGUAUUUGUUACUCUGAGGUUAACUUAAUCCGUCUAGAGGUUAUGUCAUCCAAGUUUUUCAUAUUAACGGAAAUUAGAAACUGGAGGCUGUAUUAUUAGUAAUUAUUGAGUGCAAUUGUCUACGCAGCUUAUGGUCGUUGGGUGUCCAGGUUUUUUCUUGGUUCAUCUAAUAAGUGAUUCUUGAAUGUAAGUGUUGUUGAGUUACCUUGAUGGGUGUCAUCCUUUGCCAGUGGUCUAUGUGGUUGGCAUGUGUUUUGCGCCAAAAUAUUUGUAGGCUUCUAAAGCCUUUCUGGUCGUGUAACCAUUGGUCAAUGCCUCAUUGGUGAUUUUCGAAUUGUUGUCUUUUUAGCCGAGUAAGGAGCACAUACAUGUUCGAGUUUGAAUUCAUUUAUGGUAGGGUGUUCAUUGGGAUGAUUGGUCUAAAGCGUGGUCGUUAUCUAUUUUUGAUCUGUUUUCAACAAUUGGAUUGAUCCUGGUUAUCUUUAUCCUUACCUCCCCAAACUUUUGAUUUUGAUCUUUGAUCAAUCGACAAUAUUGUUUGCCAUGUGAUAUUAUUUUCUGUUUUUUUAGCUUUUGUGGCAAUUCUUUGUCUUUGGUUUCAGAUCAUAUGAAUCAUCGUAAAAUGACUUGUUAAAUUUUGUGCACUUUUAUAAUUGUCUUAUGUUGAUGAUUUUGCUAUUAAGAAUCAAAUGAAUACAAACUCUAUGUUAUCACAUGGGAAAGUUGGCAUGAUUUUGCAUUUCCAAAUCUCGCUGUAAUAGGAACAAACUAAUAGAUAUGGGUUGUAGAAAGUUUUGACAAGUACUAUGCUGUUUGUGAAAAAGGAAGUAAUCAAUCUAUUGGGAUUUUUAUUACAGCAUGAACUUCACUUCUGCCAAUUUUUCUUGGCCUUGUCAUUUGUCAAAUAGGUCGGUUUGACAGUUGUUAUGUGCUCAUAUUAGUUAAGGUUUGUGUUAUAGAACAAACUUGAGAAAAUUCACCCUAAUGACUAUAGCUUAGUAGAUGAUAGAGCCCAUUUACUCCACAAUCAGUUGUUUAUGGGCUUAAAUCAAUUCCAAUCACAGUUUUUCUUGACAUUGUUUCUUUUACAUCAUUAUCAAAAUUUAUUGUUCAUUAUAUGAUGCAUGCCGUUAAAAGUCAGAAGCCGUAAAUUCAAUUUAUUUUGGUUGUAAUUUAUGUCUAUCGCCCGAAUGUCCAACUAAUUUCUGGGGCCGCUGAUGGACGCAACAGCUGUUAUUUGACACAGUUGGUACAAUUCAUUGUCAUUGCAUUGGAUUUGUAAUAGACAUGGUAAUUGUGCCGACUUGUAAUUCUGCGUUUCAGGCUUAGUGGGAUUGUGUCGGGCCUUGUUGUAGAAUUUUCUAAAUUAUUUAUAAUAUGGUGGGGUUAAUGGAUUGGGCCGAUGGGCUUGUCUAUGGAUGAUCUUACAAAUUUGUGGUCUUGGCACGCCCACUUGAUAUAGCAGAUCAUGCCGUGUCUUACUGCAGAUUGUGUUGGGCAUGUAUCGGCCCAACGUGUGGUCAUGUCUAAUUAGUAGUUUAGUACUAUAAUAAUGAUGUCAGUGUAGUUAUAUACCUUUUUUUUUUGUUUUAAUGACUACGCUUAAACAGUGUCCAUUAACCAUUAUAAAUCAAUUAAUUUUAUUUUACAAUUGUUUCCGAAUGUGUAUAGAUAAAUGUAGCCAAAUGAUGUUUUAUUUGAUUCGUCUUGAUGUAUAUUUUCUUUAUAUCAAUAACUGUGCUUUUAGUAGCGUGAAACUGAAAGUGUAGUGAUCCAAAAAAAACACUUGCAAUAAGAUAAAAAUUUAAAAAAUUACCGUGCAAGGUUUUUAUGCAUUUUGUUGUUUUAUCAAUUUUUUUUCCAUUUAUACUCCAAAUCUUCUAAUAUCAAAAGUGUUCUUAUCAUCAAAAGUUUUUAACUCAACUCUAUUGUUCCUUGACGUACUACGUUCUUUUAUCUUUUUAUUAAUUUUUCAUCUUUUCUUAUUGAAAAAUAUUUAUAUUAUGCUCUUUUAUCUUGGACAUUAAGUCAUUAAUAAAUGUAAUUGGUUAAUUUCGAUCAGAAUUAUUUCACGAUCAAUCGUGAUGAAAAACUAUUUAAAUACAUGAAAAUUCUAUCAUCUAUAACAUUUACUUUGUUAUGUUAUCUUGGUUGAUUUGUAGUAAUCUUCAUAGAGAAUCUUAUUCACAUUUAAGUAAUUAGGUGAAUCUAGAUAUAGCGUCCAUAACAAACAAAUUUUAUAACUAUUACUCUUAUGAGAAAUUAUUUUUCAAUAAAACGAUUUCAAAUAAGGAGUCUGUAUGAGAUGAGUUAUUUAAAAUACCAGUAUUGUUUGUUUGGGAGCGUUGUGUUUGUUGCCAGAUUGAUUUACAGAAAAUGAAACUUGCAUAAAUUGAUGUGAAUAAGUGCGGCGUAUUUUGUUCACCUUUCUAUGAAUUUGCUGCAUGUCCUCGAUGCGAGGUUUUUGUAUGCAAUCUGGUGAAUAGAAAGGAACUUGGGAGUGGACGUCCAGACGAUGUACACUACUGCACGCCGGCGGCAAAUGGACUCAUAGGUUGUAUUUAUUUUCUUGUAUAGCAUAUUUUUUAUGAUUAGAGUUGGUUUUGACAAGUGUAAGAUGUCCAACUGAGAAAUUUUAAUAUUGAUUCUACUUUUGCUUUUGGG